AUGUCCGACGACGAGUACAUGCAAGAUGACGAGUACGGCUUUGAGUAUUCGGACGACGAUGGCGACGAUCAGGCAGAUGCGUCUCUCGAAAACAGGUAUUACACUGCCAAAUCAAUGAAAGAGGACGACCCCGAAGCGGCGAUUGAAGAGUUUAAAUCGAUAGUAGAGGAUGAACCAGAAAAAGGAGACUGGGGCUUCAAAGGGUUGAAGCAACAAACAAAACUCAACUUUCUCGUGUUGAACCGACCUUCUGAAGCGCUCAAGACAUACACUAAGCUGCUAUCUUAUACCAAGUCCGCUGUUACCCGGAACUAUAGCGAAAAGACUAUCAAUGGCAUUCUAGACUACGUGAGCGGGAGCGGCAAGAAGCGGCGCUAUAAGAGCAGGGCAGGAAAGAAGCCUUCUGAGCAGGAACAAAUGGAAAUUUUGGAAAAGUUCUACGAGAUCACAAGAAAGGCUCUGGAGGAGGCGAAGAAUGAGCGCUUAAGUGUGAAAACGAACCUUAAGCUGGCCAAGCUCUACCUGGACAAGCAUGAAUAUCCAAGGUUACAAGCAUUGCUAAAGUCACUUCAUGCCUCUACAUUAUCUGCGAAUGCGGCGGCACCAACAGGCGCCGAUGACUCGACCGCCCAGUCGGCUACCGGUACCCUGCUCCUUGAAAUCUACGCCCUUGAGAUUCAGAUGUACUCCGACAUGCGAGACUACAAGAAGCUGAAGGAGAUCUACAACGCGUCUAGUCAAGUGCGCUCUGCCAUCCCCCAUCCCCGCAUUAUGGGUGUUAUCCGAGAGUGCGGUGGUAAGAUGUGGAUGGGCGAGCGACACUGGGCAAAAGCUUCGAGCGACUUCUUCGAAAGCUUUAGAAGCUAUGAUGAGGCUGGAAGCCCGCAGAGGAUACAGGUUCUCAAAUAUCUUGUGCUGGCGAAUAUGUUAACUGGUGCCGAGGUGAAUCCCUUCGAUUCUCAGGAAACAAAACCAUACAAAAACGACCCGGAGAUCACGGCCAUGACGGAUCUCGUAUCAGCAUAUCAGCGACGAGAAGUUCAUGAAGCGGAAAAGAUCCUGAGAGAGAACAAGGCCACUAUUAUGGACGAUCCGUUCAUCUGCUCGUAUAUGGGUGACGUAUUGCGCUCACUCCGCACACAUUACCUCAUCGAUCUCAUGAAGCCAUACACGCGGCUAGAGAUCGGUUUCCUCGCAAAACAACUAAAUGUUGACAAUGCCGAAGUCGAGGAGCUGUGUAUUGGACUCAUCCUGGACGGCAAGGUUCAAGGCCGGAUUGACCAAGUCGCCCAGAUUGUCGAACUGGAACGACACAAAGGCUUAGAUGCGAGGCGGUAUAACGCAUUGGACGCAUGGACCACCGGGAUGGAGAAGAUUUUCGAUAACAUUACGGCCAAGGCUGGUGCGACAAAUGACCGCGGGAUGGGCGGUGCGCCUAUGGGAAUGGGAAUGGGACUGCCAUUCGGUCCCGAAUGGGAGAGUGCUAGCAAGGGAUUGACGGUUGGUGCAUGAGCUAGAAGAUUCUGGGCUGUGUAUCCCGUGCGGAUGUCUCUAUACCGCUGUAUUAUUGUCGAUAUCACGCAUUAUC